AUGAAAGAUAUCAUACCGGACGUGUACCAGCUUGGGAUUUCUGGCCAUUUCCCCGGAGCGCUCAACCUUACUGAAGCUGUAAUCCAAGACAUCGACAAUUUCAAGCACUGCGAACCCUGGAAAUGGAAUGAGACUUUGGAAGAGGUUUGCAAAAAUCGCAUCAGAGUACAUAUUGUCGACUACAACACAGCAGAAAGUCUCGACCACAUGUUGGUCGCUUUCCUCGUCCUCUCUCUCCUCACCAACGUGGCAUCUUUCUACGUCAUCUACAGAACUGGUGCAGUACGCCACCCUUAUACCACGGCAAUUCUCGGCUUGGACAUGAUGCUCCUCUUCACAAGUUUCGCCUUGUGCUUUGUGGUGAUGAGUUACGAGGUUGGCCCGUACGUGGAACAUGUCCCACUGCAGAAAUUUUCAGAAAUUGAAAUGAUCGGUCCUGGCUUUUGGGCGUUGCUCGGGAUUCUUGUUAUGCGGAUGUCUACGACUCCGAUUUUGCUCGUGGGUAUAAUCCCCUUACUGAUCCCUGUGGCUGCCGUCUUUGGUUUCCUUGUACACAUGAAGGGCUUCUUCACUCUUGUCCGCACUGCUGUUUUGACGGAUCUAUCGAGACUGAACGCCACCUGA